UCCCAUCAAAGCAACUUGUCACCGUAAACCCCAAAAUUGCGAAGCGAAACCCCUAACACUAACAGUGAAGCGAAAACGGCGGUUCCCCCGAACCCCAUGGACUCCGACUCACCCAACCCCAGCAGCGCUUUAACCAACACGCGCUUCUCCGAUCUCAACCCCCCGCUCUCUGAGCCGGUCCUCGAAGCUCUUACCCAAGCCGGCUUCGAGUUCUGCACGCCGGUCCAAGCGGCCACAAUCCCCUUGCUAUGCAGCUACAAGGACGUGACCGUGGACGCCGCCACCGGCUCCGGCAAAACCCUAGCCUUCGUUGUCCCACUCGUCGAAAUCAUCCGCCGAACCAAAACCCCUCCUAAACCCCACCAGGUGAUGGGGGUAAUUAUCUCUCCGACAAGGGAGCUGUCGUCGCAGAUAUAUAACGUUGCGCUGCCUUUCAUAUCGACGCUACCGAAUUUCAAGUCCAUGUUGCUUGUUGGGGGAGCGGAAGUGAAAGCUGACUUGAAGAAAAUAGAUGAGGAAGGAGCUAAUUUAUUUGUCGGCACGCCGGGGAGGCUAUACGACAUCAUGGAACGCGUCGAUGGCUUGGAUUUUAGGAACCUCGAGAUUUUGAUUCUGGAUGAGGCUGACAGGCUAUUGGAUAUGGGGUUCCAGAAGCAGAUAAAUUCGAUUAUAUCUCGCUUACCAAAGCUUCGUAGAACUGGUCUUUUUUCAGCUACCCAAACCGAGGCAGUUGAAGAGCUUGCUAAAGCAGGGCUGAGGAAUCCUGUGAGGGUUGAAGUUCGGGCAGAAACAAAACGGUUGAAUGGUCUGGCAUCAUCAGAACAAUUGGCCUGUUCAAAAACACCUUCGGGCCUACACAACGAGUACAUGGAAUGUGAAGCAGAUAAGAAAUCAUCUCAGCUUGUUGAUUUCCUUAUGAAGAACAGGUCUAAAAAAAUUAUAAUAUACUUCAUGACUUGUGCUUGUGUUGACUACUGGGGAGUUGUUCUUCCACGGCUUCCUGUUUUGAAGGGUUUCUCUUUGAUCCCUCUGCAUGGCCAGAUGAAGCAGAUUGCAAGGGAAAAGGCAUUAGCUUCUUUUAGAGCUCUUUCAAGUGGUAUUCUUCUAUGUACUGAUCUUGCAGCAAGGGGACUUGACAUUCCGGAUGUUGAUUGUAUUCUGCAGUAUGAUCCUCCUCAAAAUCCAGAUGUUUUCGUACACAGAGUUGGCCGAACUGCCCGGAUGGGUAGAGAAGGAAGUGCUAUUGUUUUUCUAUUGCCAAAGGAAGAAGCUUAUGUAGAGUUCCUGCGUUUAAAAAGGGUUGCUCUUGCAGAGAGGAAAUGCUCUGAUGAUGCUCCUGAUGUCAUUCCUCAGAUCCGGACUGCUGCCAAGAAGGACCGUGAUGUAAUGGAGAAAGGACUCAGGGCAUUUGUUUCUUAUAUCCGUGCAUAUAAAGAGCAUCACUGUUCUUAUAUUUUAAGGUUGAAAGAUCUUGAGAUUGGGAAGUCGGCCAUGGGAUAUGGCCUAUUGCAGCUCCCUUCCAUGCCUGAGGUAAAGCAUCACUCACUUUCUACGGUGGGAUUCACUCCAGUUGAAGACAUCAAUUUGGAGGAUAUCAAGUUUAAAGAUAAAUCUCGUCAGAAACAAAGAAAUAAGAAUCUGCAAGCAAAGAAGGAAGCACAGCGGCAAGAGCCAAAAUCUGAUAAGCCCAACAAAUCCUCAAAGCCUGCAGCUACUAUCAUGAGGAAGAAAACAGCUAAACAGAGACGUGCUGCCCAGACAAUUGAAGACGAUGAUGAGUUGGCACGAGAAUAUCGUCUACUGAAAAAGCUUAAGAGGGGGGCUAUCGAUGAAAGUGAAUUUGCUAGGUUAACAGGAACUGAUGAGUUACUUUGAAGCGCAUGAUUCGUCAGAUCCGGACAUGACGGGAUUCUGCUAGCCUCAAGUUGUAUGUUUCGGAGUCGAAAGAGAAGUUAAACCCACAGAUAGUGCAGUUGUUUUAUGAGGCUAAAUGUGUCCCUGAUAUCUAAAGCUGUUGUUUUAUGAGGCUAAAUGUGUCCCUGACAUCUAAAGCUUUGUUUUGGACGUGGUGGCUAAACUGCUGAUGAUGGAAGAAGCUUCUACUCUUGUCACUUCUGGCUUUCGGAGCUCAAGACUGUCUAGGAGUCUGAGAUUUCAAUGCUAAUCUUUUUGCGCCCUUUCUCACACACAAGCACAGCCGUCCUAAUUUGAUGUAUUUUUUUCCCCGCUUACAUCUCAUGCUUUGAGAUUCUCUUUGGUCCUGUUUAGUCAGAUGUUGUGGAGAUAGUACCAGAAGCAAGCCACGGUGAAACAGAAUUGUUAUGCUUAAUUUCUUAUAUGCAUUCAUACAAUUCUUAUACGGGUCA